UAUGACUAAGUACAUUUAAGGAAAGUAUUGUUGUAAAACGGACAUUAUAUUUAAAUCCAUCAAACAAUUUACAACUACGACAUAUCAAUGACAUUUCGAAUUUUGAUCGUCCGAAAUAGUACGUAUAAUAACUAAGUAGUACUAGUAUAUUGCGUGUAUGCAAGUGUGUGUGCAAAUGUAUAAGCUCCUACUAAAAACUAAGCAAUAUGUAAAUAGGCCCUAAAGCAAGUGCUACGUUUGUAGGGGUCUUGUCAGAUAAAAAUAAAUCAUUGAUUAUCUCCAAAAUAAAGUUAAUUAUAAUACCGGUUUAUUUGAGCAAGUUACUUAAUUUAAGCUCAAGAAUGCACCCUUAAAAUUAACGGAAUUGAAAAAAAACCGUGUAUAACAUGAAAAAAUAUCCGGUUAAGUGCGAGUUCGUUUUACUCGCGCACCGAGGGUUCCGUAGAAACUUUGAAUUAUCUCGUAUAACUUUAUAGGCUAAAGACUUUUGAUCAGAAGUAGAUACCUAUACUAAGUAUAAUUGUGUACAGCGCCAUCUAUCGGCAAAUUGCCUAAUUUGCGCGAUGUGCACGUAUGUUGGUUUUUCGAGGAUAAUUCUCUAUCAUGUGAACCAAUUUCAAAGAUUGUUCUUUUAUUUGAAAAAAGGUAUAUUUAAUGUACGGAACCAUAAAAACACUCAAAGCAGCAAGUUCAAAACGAUAGCCUAUUUUAUUAUCAGGUAUUAUGUUAGUAGGUACCUACACAUGUUUGCGUAAACCUAAUUCAGCCACCAAGCUAUAAAAUGCGCGCGUUAACAUCCAUACGUUGGAUAACAAGUUUUGUUAGUUCCUUUCCUUUGUCAAAACGCAAAUAAUGACGGCUACACGUUUGAAGUAUACUUUUUGUAUAUUUACUAUGUUAAAUUUCUUCCCUGGUUCAAUGAUGGCGGAGAUUGAGAACGCAACCGAGAAAUUUAAUGAAGCGUAUGUUAUUGCAAAGGACGUACUCUCGGAUUUUUUCGAGCUAUUCCAGGCGUGUAUGGAGUCGACAAUGGCUAAUCAAAAUUUCAUAAUAGAUGACCUACAAAGUUACCUGUUUUACCCGGCGAAAACUACAGUGGGUUAUGCUCCAAAAUUCACAAGCAACCGUCGAUUUUUUGCUAAUCUGAUAGGCACGCCUGAAUUUCAUCAUAUGAUGGACAAAGACCUCGUGAAAUUGAAGGAAAACUAUAUUAGGAAACUUAAGGCCUGUGAUGUUAUCGUGAUGGACGAACAUCUACUAGAUGACAUGUUGGACAGAGCGUACGAAACUUCUAUGAUCUAAAUAUGUUUAAAUAAAGUAAAGUGAUAUAAUUGA